UGUCUGUCUGUCUGUCUGUCUGUCUGUCUAUCUAUCUAUCUAGAAAUCUAUCUAGAAAUCUGGAUCACUCUGGUGUUCACAUUCCCGCUUCCUGCAUUUCGGACGCGCUCGUGGGUCUCCCAGCAGCGGCCAAUCAGAUCCUGCCAUGUUGGGAAAGUCUGACCAAUCGGCGCUCACCUCACGGAGGAAAACUUGUCUGGUUUGCCAGGCGGCAUUGUGCUGAUGCUGGGCAAACUGGCACCAGAUUGUCGUCGUUUGUUGCAGCUGAAGCGUCGCCCUUUCCUCGUAACACGGGUGAAAUGAAGGCGCUGCGCGAUGUGAACUCUCUCUCCAGCCAUGUCGCAUGCAGCACGCUGUACCGGCGCGAGCAGUAAAGGCGGAAGUGUUGGACAAUAGAGCAGCGAGGUGUGUUUCCGUGUUGGCGCGUCAGUGUGCAAAGAGGAGGAUUCCCACAAACACAACUUCUGGCGCGUCCUCUGUCCCAUUUCACAUUCCGACACUGUCAUGUCACACCAGUAUCAUUUUAUACCAACACAUGCACUCCGCUGUUCAUUGUUUGACACGGAUGACAAGGAAGAAGCCCGACACUGAACAUAAGCCGAGUAGAAAAGUGUUAGCCCCCCCCAUGGAGCUGUCUUGUUGAUCGCAGCGCCUCAUGUUGUGAAGCGAUUUGCAUAAGGACUUCCGCCCCUGCUUUUCUUUCACUUCUGUGAAGCAGCUGGAAACGAUGCCAUGCACACGCUGACACUACAGCAGGCGGCACGCAGCCUCGCCGAUCGCGGUCCGUGCGAAGAUGCUUCCUAGGAGCCCGUAAUGAUUUGGAUACGGCUCAGGAUUUUUGCAUGGACUCCAAAGCACGGGAUGGGAGACACUGGACCUCGUGGAGGCGGAUCUUCUGGACGCCGUGUCUUCAGAUCGCUAUGCUGAAGGGACUACAAGCGGUGUUCGUGUCCUCUCUCCCUGGAACUAAGAGACAUUAUUUUGGUUGACGCCAGACACGAUUUUCCACGCACUGGAUACACAUUUACCUGCUGCUGCUGUUGUUUUUUUUAAUCGGAUUGUAUCCUGUUCUUGUUUUUGUUUCACCUGGUCUUUUUUUUGAUGAUCCUAGAUGGGGAAAUCGUCCUCUCCAGCUCACACUUUUGUCUUUGGGACUUAGUUGAGACACCAGGUUUUAGCAAAACUCACCCACUCGUCAUGAAGGUUUUUGGCGCAGUAUGAACCAUUUCGGACUCAAUUGUGGCUUUGGAAGCGUUCUCUAAAUGCCACCUACAGACUUCCAUGACACACACUAGUGUAUAUAUCAUAUAGUUGCAUAUGUAGUGAAUGUGUUGUAGGUAUUUUAUAGCUGAUCUAUAAACAUAUAUCUAUAAUCUAUAAAGGCGCCUGAGCCGACAGCAGCCUGUAUGAGAUGGUGACUACUCUUGGGUCAGGCCUUUUUUUUUUUUUUGGUGAAUUAAGGCUACACUUUUUUCCUUUCUGUUUUUAAAACCGAACACUUUGGACGGCGAAGCUGGCUGAUUUUUCCCCAGAAAUUCAAUAAGCCUUCCUUGAUUUGUGUGUGUGUCUGUGUGUGUGAGUGUGUCCUCUCCUGCCGUGGGAGGAACUGAAAGCUUUCGCGUCCAUCAUGUCUCACUUGUCUGGGUUAGCCCUCGCUGUGCUACGUGGACUCUUCAUCUGUGCACUUGUGGGAUUAGAGCUGAGCUUCUCGGGAUCUCUGGCUUCUUCAGACACCACCAUUGUAUCAACUCCAGAUCCUUGCCUGACUGUCAUCCCACCCUGCAUAAACGAAGCUGAUCGCUUUAGCCUUGAAGCACUGCGUCACAUCCACAAGCAGCUGGAUGAUGACAACGAUGGCGGCAUCGAAGUCAACGAGAGUGUGGAGUUCAUCAUAGAGGACAUGAAGCAGCAGCAAACGAACAAGCACAGCAACCUGCACAGAGAGGACCAGCACAUUACUGUAGAGGAGCUGUGGAAAGGAUGGAAGACGUCUGAAGUUCACAACUGGACGAUGGACGAUGCGGUCCAGUGGCUGAAAGAAUCGGUAGAGCUUCCACAGUACGAAACAAACUUCAGAGAGUUCAAAGUUGAUGGCAAUACGCUACCUCGAAUAGCGGCGAAUGAACCGUCGUUCAUGUCAUUGCACCUAAAGAUAUUGGAUCAACGACAUAAACAGAAAUUAAAUUUAAAGGCACUGGAUGCUGUGCUGUUUGGACCACCAUUACGGCCACAGCAUAAUUGGUUGAAAGACUUUGUCCUCAUGGUGUCCAUCAUCAUCGGGGUAGGAGGCUGCUGGUUUGCCUAUGUGCAGAACAAGUCGUCCAGAAUCCACAUCUCCCGCAUGAUGAAGGACCUGGAGAGCCUGCAGAGCGCUGAACAGAGCCUGAUGGAGCUGCAGAGCAGACUGGAGAAGGCACAAGAGGAGAAUCGCACGGUGGCAGUAGAGAAGCAGAACCUGGAGCAGAAGAUGCGAGAUGAGAUCCACGGUGCAAAGAGGGAAGCUCACAGACUGCGAGAGCUCCGCGAGGGAGCCGAGUGCGAACUCAGCCGACUCAAAUACGCUGAGGAGGAACUGGUGCAGGUGCGUGUAGCUUUGAAGCGAGCGGAGAAAGAGUUGCAGUCAGAGCGAUCAGUUCCUGAAGCCUUACAGAUGUGGCUGCAGCUCACACAUGAGGUGGAGGUCCAGUACUACAACAUCAAAAAGCAGAGUGCUGAGCUACAGCUCACUGUUGCCAAGGAAGAGGCAGAGAAGAUCAAAAAGAAGAGAGGUUCUGUGUUUGGUACUCUCCACGUGGCUCACAGCUCAUCACUGGAUGAGGUUGAUCACAAAAUACUUGAAGCCAAGAAAUCCCUGUCUGAGGUGACAGCAUGUCUGCGUGAGCGUCUUCAUCGCUGGCAGCAGAUUGAAAGACUGUGUGGGUUCCCUGUGGUGCAGAAUUCAGGUCUGCCAAGCUUGAGUGCAUCACUGUACUCUGAGCACAGCUGGGUGGUGAUGCCACGCGUCUCUUUACCCCCGUACCCCAUUGCAGGGGGGGUGGAUGAUGUGGAUGAGGACACGCCCCCAAUCAUCACACAGUAUAACUCUCCGUUGGCUCGUCCUCCUCUGCUUCGUAACAGCAGUUUGUGCCGCUCUCGGCGAAGUCUUCUUUCCCAUCAAGCUUCUCUUGUCUCAGCUGAUCCUGACCUGCUGUCGAUGGCCUCAGCACCAGGUGUCUACAGACCAGAGCCAGAUGAUGAACACAUUUUUUUCACCAUUGAUACAAAAAGAGACUCUCAGGACACAUGUUCAGAUUCAGACUCUAUCAGUUCCUCCUUGGGAAGGAAGCAGAUGUCCAGCUCCUGCACUCAAGGAGCAGAUACUCCGCAGCGGAAGAUCUCCCGCGAUGAGCUUCUCUUGUUGGCUCAGGAAGCACAAGCCACUGUCUUGGAAGCUGCCAUUUCAUCACAACCUCCAGCUCCAUCUUCCAUUGACCCCACCUCAAUCCGCAAGGGCUCUCCUGACCUUACCCGUUCUUCGACUAUCCCAGAAUCUCAGAGUUUGACCUUUCACCCUGUCACGAAGGUGGCAGCAUAUAACGGCAUGCUGGAGAAGUCAUUCAGCUUGGGUCAGUUGCCUGCUGGCGGGACGCCCCCAGAGGGACGUUACACUUCUCUAAGUGCUCUGGACAUGGAUGGAAAGGCGAGCAAAGAGGCUAAACAGCCCCUGUCUUCCGCCAGUCCUCCAGACUCCUGCGACAACCCUGAGAAAAAGCGCUCAAAAAUCAAGAGCUUAUUCAAGAAGAGCAAAAAGCAAUGAAGGAAAGGAGAGAAAAAUUAGAUGAAGACAUGAAAAAAAAGCCUUAAAUUAAAAAAAAAUGUAAUGGACUGUCAACCAGAUGCCAAAAUGUUUAGUUCUAUUUUUCUUUCGUUUUUUUUAUAUUUUAUUUUUAUUAAAACAGAAUGUAGCUCCGUCUAGGUGCUAUCCUGGGUUGGAAGCCUUUAUUAGUCCACUCAGACUGGCAUGUUGUCAUUCAAACAUCACAAACAGUCAAAAAAAAUCGAGAGCGAUUUUAAUCAAUUUCAACCGAGUAAAGAAGAAUUAUGUACUUCUUUCUAUGUUGUGGUUUUAGGGUUGACUGUGAGAGUUGGAUCAUCAUAAAGCACCAAACAAAAAUGAGACGAACAUGCGAUGUAAUAAAAAUUUUAUUCAAAGAAUAACAUACUUUAUCGAAAUAUGUCAUUACCGUAACUUACACAAGUUGUCCACUUUUAUGGUGUAUAAUGUAAGUAAUAAACCAAUAAAACCUACAGAAAUUUGACAAAUUCAGUCACAUCUCAAAAUGCUAAUGAUGCUGUAUAUAAUAUACAGGGCAUUGCAUGAAUUCCUCCUUGUUUUGUAGUGUUGGAACUGACAUGGACGCAAUUAGGAUUAUAGGUCAUGAAGCUACACAGAAAAGCCCAUAUUAUUGAUGUCUACAUAGUUUGCGAACUUAUUUAAAAUGUUAAAGCUGCGAUGGCACAAGCAUUUUCCACUGUUGUCGUGAAACCGGUAAGUUGUGGUGCAGCCGGUUGUUUUCAGAAGUUACAUAAUUAACUGUGUGCAAAUAACGCAUUCUGUAAUCUCAAUAUAAAUACACCCGUUCUCGAAAGACCCCAGAGAGUGAGGAACUGUAUUCAUUGGCAUUUGGCUCAAAAAAGGUCAUCAAUAAUAAACAUUCCAAACAGCAUCAUUAUGGGUUGUGGUUAGGGUUAGUGUUAUUUAUAAUAUGGAAGGAUAUGACACACCUGCCUAAAGGAGGCCAUCCAUUAGACAGUGGCCGGGUUAAGCAGGGCAUUAGGCGGAGAAGCAGCCGAACUCUCAACAUGAUACUACCACCCUUUUGCUUCUCUUUUUGGAUGGUUUUCUUUUGUUCGCUUUCCACUAAAAAUAGCUUUUUGUAGCAAGUCUGGAAAAACGAUCACUUCUAUUUUUGUCUCAUGACCCCAGAUAAACUUUUACUAAUUUUUACUACUGCAAACUUUAUAUUUUAAUAUUAAAUGCAUUUUGUAUAUUUAUUUAAUUCUGUAAAUCUGCUUUGAGACAAAGCCCAUUGGUAAAAGCACCAUACAAAUAAAUGUUAAUUGCAUUUCAAUUGGCUCACAUCCCUUUUUUUGUGAUAGUUACUCUAUCUGAACUGUUCUCUAUCUGAACUGUUGCUCUUUUCAACCUUUUCAUAGUUACCUUUGGCAUUUUACUUGAUUAAUUCUGUCCUUAACGGGUUGCUGAAAUUUGGUGGAGCUUCUUUAGACACAGUUGCAACAGUGCCCUAUUCUAGCGAUUUUUGUAAAUAAUGACUACUUUGUGGGAUGAUCAAAUUUUAGCUCAUUUUUAAACUAUUUUUUCUGAAUGUUUGUGUCGAGAGCUCCAUGGGUUUAUGAUGCUGUUUGUUUAUGUACAUUCUCUAAUGAUUCUGGAGCCCUCCAGCAACAGGUGUAUUUAAACUGAUAGCAUAUGAUAAUAUGUUAAUUGCAUACAGCUGAACGCCAUUAAAACUAAUUUUGCGACUUCUAAAGGUAACUGGUUUCUCUUUUCACAGCAACAGGGCUAAUACUUUGUUUUUUUUAGUUUCUAAACUUUCGCUUAUUUCGAAGACUGUGAAGUUCUACUAUUAUACGUGGGCUACUCUGUGUAGAUUCAUGACAUAAUGUAUAAUCCUAAUGAAGUUCAGGAGGGCGAAUACUUACGCAAGUCUUACUUAUGUAUGUGCCAAUGUCAUAAAUCCUGGUGCCUUUUGCCAAUCCACCUCAAAAAAACGUCAACUGUUUUGUUAGUUGGUGGAUUAAUAAUGAGAAACAUGAUUGAUACAGAUUUUUUUUUUGUUUGUUUGUUUUUGAUCAGUUUAGCUCUAGUGUUCUGGAGGUGAAACCAAAAAGAGCCCAUAAUUGUGAAGAUUUAGGGCUGAACGUGGGCUUUCAGCUCUAUAUCAUUUCCUGUUUACUGAUGCCUCAGAGCCCCUGUACUUGACCUAUUACCUGCAAGGUAAAAUUAAAAAAAAAAAAAAAAAGGUAAGACAGAGGUAGCACUUAGAGUCGAGCAGACAGACAGUAAUAAUGCCUGAAUAAUACAGUCAUUAGCAUGAUGAAUUGAGGCUAUUUAUAAUGAAUAUUUAAUUAAGGGAUUUUACACCAAAUCUUAUAGCUCGUAUGGCACAAUACAUACGUUAUAAACCUGACUGUGUUAUUGAGGCAUAAUGACUGCUGCAGAUAAAGUGCUACCAAAAAUCCUGCUAAAGGUUGUUGCACUACUGCUUUCCCAGUUCGGAAAGAGCUGCUUUUUCGCAGAGUAACAGUAAGUUUAGUUACAUAGAAGAGACGCGCUAAGAAAAAAUGUAAUAACGUAAAUCGAUGGAGCCAAAAUGAUUUGAUGCAUUUUUAGCACGCUUCUUAGCUUAUUUAUUUUUCAGUGCAUUCUUUUUUCCCCCCAUGACAAUGAUGUUCAGAUAAAUCUUUUUUUUUAAUUGUCUAACAUGCAUUUGUAAUGUGCGGAAUACUCUGUAUUUUAUAUAUGCAUAUGCAAAUUUAAAGACAACCCAUCAAUAAUGCCUAUUCCUUGGACUGAAUGCUCUGUUUCAAGGGCCUAACCAUCACUGUGAUCACAAUCCUCAUCCUCACGCACUGUAACAUUUAGCCUGGCACUAAGUCGAUAAUAUUUUGGCAAACAUUUUCACAGGCUUUUUUUUUUUUUUUGCAGUUAUUUAUCAAGUGUCUCAUGUACAAAAAUUGGAGUCAUCCUGAAGCUGUCACUGUAAGGAAGGCCUUUGUACAAUCCUGUUGAGAAAAAAAAAAAAAAAACCCCACAACUAAAAACAUGUUACAUGUGUGUGAACCUAUUCACCUGUUGAACAUAAAAAGUGCAUCAAAAUGGGAAAUGUAUGUUUGUUGAUGCCCUUACAUUAGUUACAGCUGUUUUACAUGUAAGAGGAUUACCAGGGCUAAGUAGGUAUCGUCAUAGUGAAAUAUUUCUCAUGAUUUCUGACAAAUAAAAAAAAUUUGUAUAAGCCACUUUGUAUGACAAGCUAUGAAUAUUUAAGUUUAGAUUAUAGGACAGGAUUUGUGGUGUGAGCUUAUUUUUACAUUUGUGUGGAAUCUAACAGAAUCCUCACAGGGAAUCAUCCACACCGUUUCUAUAAAUUGUGAAUGAGAAUAUGUUCAUUCAGCAGCUAUUGCCUUAUUUUGCAACCCCUCACACACAUACAUGGCAACACUGCUAAACCUACAUCUAAAAAGCUAAAACUACACAUAUACACAAGAAAGCAUAUUUAAGUAUACUCCAUUUCUCUGUUAGGUCAAAGCUUUGGAGCAGUGUAUCCCCAUCUUGUUCCACUUCACAUUUACAUUUUUUCUGAGCUCUAAUGCACCCAUUUAGACUUCAAGAGUGCUUUUAUAGGGCUCAUAUAUUUAAGUUCAUAAGAUGAAUCAUGUGCGUUGAGAGCAGGGAAAACAAAAUUGUGCAGUGCAGAGAUACUUGAGGGCCGAGAUUGGUGCUUCGUUGCAUCACCAUUACAGCAGCAGCCCUAUAGAGAUAUUCCUGCAGAGUCGCCUUCUGAAACACUGGGUAGUUCAAUCAGGUUUGUCAUAUUAAGGCUGGAACUAAAGAUUCAAAUGAGGAUUGUUGAUAUUGCAUCAGUUCAGCCACCGCUGAUUCUUCUGCGUCUUCUGAAUAGUGUUAAAGACUUGCAUUUCUUAUCGCACAUAUUUAUUAUAAUACCCAAGAACAUCUGAUAUGUGCAGCUGUGUGUCCAAAUGUGUCCCAAAUGCAUCCCACAAGACAGGACACAACUGACCUGCCGGUUGUAACACAAUCAACAUUGGUGUUUAGAUGAAAUAUACACAGCGUGCAAUGCAGCUUCACACUGUAUUGAUCAGCUUUUCAUUGUAAACACAUGAAUGUCAAACUCGGUCAUAAUAAAAUGAACUCAAAUCCAAUGAAGGCAUUUUUGAUCUGUUAAAAAAUAAUGUCUUUCAUACUAACCUGUGUCAAAACGUAUGUCGUGUCAAAACAGUGCACUGCCAUUAGUGGUAAAAUGUAGCGUGGUGUUUUUAGAUCUGUGGAAGCCAAUACACAGACCGUAACUAGGGCUUUGGCAGGAUUUCAGCAAUUAGGACACAUACUACUGCCAUUUAUCACAGUCUUAUUCAUACUGCGGAGAAGAUAUUACAUAUAUAUUAUCCUAUAUUACUUCCCAUACACACAGACUCCCUGCUCCUAUACAGCAGCACACACGACUCCCUUAUUUCAUACUGUAAGCAUUUACUUCUAUCGGUUCCUUAUUUGGGUUUGAGCACAGGACUGAAGAUACGUGGAAAUGGUGCUGGAAAUGGUGCGCACCCCGUGGCAGUCUUUACACUAAUUGGAUAAUGGCUUUUUAGCGAAAUAAACAGAACAAGUAAUGGACUUUCCUUUUCCUCCUUCACAAAGAGCUUAAAUAUUACCAAAAUUAAAUAAUAAAAUGAUGUUUACACAAGACCUAAUUGUUAUUUAUAUGAAAUCUGAAAUUAAUAUUUUAUACAAAAUUAUAGGUUUGUAGCUCAGCAUUAUACAGUAGGGUGGAGAAUUUAAAUAUGAAUGGGAAUUCCAAUAUAUACAUUUUUCUUUUUUUUUGUUGACUUAUAGAAGAUUGAACACUUAAUUUCAGUGUCACAUAUAUGGGUUAAUGAUAUGUCACCUCACCCCCUGACCAAUAGAGUUUGCUGUGUGGAUAUUUGUAUAAUGUACAAAAUAUUUGGUUAAACUCUCAUCAAUAAAGAGCUAAGCUAUGAA